AUGGGGAAAAAUUCAUCCCUCCUGGAUGCUUUGCCCUCAGGUCAAGGCACGUUACACGUUGUCAUGUUGGGCCUUGAUUCUGCUGGAAAAACGACUGCUCUAUACAGGCUUAAAUUCGAUCAAUAUCUCAAUACUGUGCCUACGAUUGGGUUUAACUGCGAAAAGGUGAGAGGUACAAUCGGUAAAGCCAAAGGAAUAAAUUUUCUAGUCUGGGACGUCGGGGGUCAAGAAAAACUUCGUCCCCUUUGGAAAAGUUACACGCGUUGCACGGACGGCAUCGUUUUCGUGCUCGACAGCGUGGACGUUGAGAGAAUGGAAGAAGCCAAAAUGGAAUUGGUGAGAAUGGCGAGGUCACCCGAUAAUUCCGGUGUUCCGAUUCUAGUCCUUGCGAACAAGCAAGAUCUUCCCGGAGCCAAAGAACCCAAGGAACUUGAGAAAUUUCCGUGUUCGAACGUACCCUCGGUACUUCCGGUACAUUUGUGGCACGUUCAACCCGCGUGUGCCAUAACGGGAGACGGAUUACACGAGGGAAUGGAAGCUCUCUACGAAAUGAUAUUGAAACGAAGGAAAAUGGCCAAGUUGUGUAAGAAAAAAGUCAGAAAUUUUUAUAAAUGUGAAAUUUAA